CUUCCUCCCAACCCAUUCCCUAUGCUGGAUGUUAAGGCCACGUUCGUAGGCUGGCCAUCCAACCAUGGCAGGCACCACUGCAUAUGAUGAAGAAAACAAAGGUCCAGUUCUUCUGGCCGUGAUGUGGACCCUAACGGGCCUCGCGAUGGUCAUGGUGCUCGCCCGCCUGUUCAUCCGAACCAAGAUCAUCCACGCCGUGGGGCUGGACGAUUGGCUCAUUGGUUUCUCCAUGAUUCUAGGAUUAGCCAACGUGAUCACCGCGACAGUCGCUGUUCAUCAUGGAUUCGGCCAACACUCGUCUACGAUCGGACCGGCUGCCACAGAGAAAGCCAACCUCACCAUCGACAUUGGCUGGAUUUUCGGCAUUCUCUCGUUUGCAUUCCCGAAACUGGGCGUGGCUGCCUUGCUCCACCGCAUUUUGAUCCCAGGAAUCCGCAUGAAGUGUGCACUUUGGGGACUCACCGGACUGGUCAUGGCCGUUGCGGUAGUCAACAUCCUGCUCUUCUUUACCUCGUGCGAUCCCCCGCGCGCUCUGUGGAUGACUGUGGCGGGGGCAACGUGUCGUAGUUCCAAUGUGAUUAUUGGUUUUGCGACGUUCAAUGGAGCCCUAUCCGCAUUUACCGAUCUCAGCCUCGCCAUCUACCCCAGUGUGAUUCUGUGGAAGUUGCAGAUGUCUCUGCGCAAGAAGCUAGCCUUGUCCGCAGCAUUAGGUCUAGGAGCCAUUUCCGCCUGCGCGGCCAUCAUCAAAACCACGCAUCUCAACGCCCUCGCCAACGUCACCGACGCAACCUAUGCAGGAUGGUCCCUCGUCCUCUGGACAAACAUCGAAGCCGACCUCGUCGUCCUCGCCUCCUGCAUCCCCACCCUGCAACCCCUCCUCGAAUUCCUCCUUGGAAAGCGCUCCUACGGCACUCCGCGGUCCUAUCCCACCUACGAAGGAGGAGGAACCGGGCCCUCGAAACGAACGGGCGGACGAUCAACACAGCCUGUUUCUUUUCCGUCGAGGAUGGAUAGUCAAGAGGAGAUGAUCCCGGAUGCGAAGAAUCGGACGAUGUGGGAGAUUCAUCGGACGGAUCAGGUGGUGGUGGAGUAUGAGAUGGGGGAGCAGAAUCGGAAUCAGAAUCAGAAUGCUAGGGGGAGGAUAGUGGGAGGGUGUCGGGGUAGGUGAGAAGCUUCCUGGGGGUGGGGUUUCAAUUAGUAUAUGGGUGAAAAGAAAUGAAGAAUGAACGAGUAGAUAGUAAAUUAAUGCUGUGUUGUUACUUUUGCUGAGGAAGGCUAUGUGGUUUGUGGGUUGUUGAGAAUCUAGAUGGUGUUGGAGAUAAGGGCAUCGAAGAUCAGAUAUGAUGAUACGGCAAUUUUCACUUUACCUUUUUGGGGUUGAAUGCAGGAUUGAAUCAUGAUUUGAUCUGAGAUCAUACAUGCUGGAUACUCAUAGUAUUUAACUCACCUACCCUCCGAGCUGAACAUGCAAAUCAAC